AUAUGUCGAUCACCAGGUAAUUGACUCAGUUUCAGCUAAGCCCGAGCGACGUGCACCCGCGGCUCGCGUCCUCCUAUAUAAGGAGAUCUUGCAAAAUCGUCGCACAUUCGAACAUCAACCUGUCCAGGAAGUCAUCCUUUUGCAAUUCAUUCACACAUCAUGUUUUUAUUUCUGGUCCUUGGAGCACUGCUGACGCAAUGUUGGGCGAGCCCUGCAGUCGACGGACAGGCCAAACCACAGGUUAUACACUAUGAGAUGCAAACUGCUGAUAUGCCCAACUCCUACAAUUUCUAUUACGACACAAGCGACGGUUCGUCCCGGACGGAGCGCGGCACCAUCCUGAACCCCGGCACGAACGAGGCGGCGCUGGACGUGUUGGGCACCGUGCGCUGGUACGACAACAAGGGACAGCUCUACGAGAUGUCCUAUAAGGCUGGGAAGAGAGGCUAUAGGACGGUCAUCAAGAAAGUGAAGCAACGCUAAUGAAAUGUCAAAAUAUUAGUGUCAGUCAAUGUGUCGUUUCAAAGCCAAUUUCGAUUUAA